AAUGAUCCCCGUCAGUAGUCGGGUGUUGAGUAAUAACCACUGAAUGACGAGGGAGGGAGGAACCCGGACGCCCAAAAAAUCCCCCCACCCCCAGCGCGGCAAUGCCGUCAUGUGCCCGCAUCUCCUCCGCCGUCUCCACCGCCGCCGCAUCCUCCUCCUCGCCGCCGCCGCAUCCUCCUCCUCGCUGCCGCCGCCGCAUCCUCGCCGCCGCCACGGCGCGCGUGCGGGAGGGGACGCUCCGCCCUGAGGAGGCACACGACCUGCUCGACGAGUUGCAGCGUCGAGGCACGCCCGUUCUCGAGCGCGAUCUGAACGGCUUCCUCGCGGCGCUCGCGCGUGCGCCGUCCUCCGCCGCCUGCAGGAGUGGCCCUGCCCUCGCCGUCGCGCUCUUCAACCGCGCGGCGUCUCGGGCUCAAGGACCGCGGGUGCUGUCCCCCACAUCCCACACCUACGCCAUCCUCAUGGACUGCUGCACCCGCGCGCACCGCCCAGAGCUAGCGCUGGCGUUCUUCGGCCAGCUCCUCAGGACAGGCUUGCGCGUCAAUAUCAUCAUCGCUAACCACCUUCUCGAGGGCUUUUGUGAAGCGAAGCGGACAGACGAGGCUUUGGACAUCCUUCUCCACAGAACGCCUGAGUUGGGCUGUGUGCCCGAUGUUUUCUCGUACAGCAUACUUCUGAAGAGCCUCUGCGACCAAGGAAAGAGUGGCCAGGCAGAUGAUUUGCUACGGAUGAUGGCUGAAGGGGGAGCUGUCUGCUCGCCCAACGUGGUUGCCUACAAUACAGUAAUCGACGGCUUUUUUAAGGAGGGUGACGUAAAUAAAGCAUGUGAUCUAUUCAAAGAAAUGGUACAGCGGGGCAUUCCACCUGAUUUAGUGACUUAUAACUCUGUGGUCCAUGCCCUGUGUAAGGCAAGAGCAAUGGACAAGGCAGAGGCUUUCCUUCGACAAAUGGUCAAUAAACGUGUUCUGCCAAAUAACUGGACAUAUAAUAACUUGAUAUAUGGAUACUCCUCCACAGGACAGUGGAAGGAGGCGGUUAGGGUAUUUAAAGAAAUGAGAAGACACAGCAUCUUACCAGAUGUUGUUACUUUGAGCAUGUUGAUGGGUUCCCUUUGCAAGUAUGGAAAAAUCAAGGAAGCUAGAGAUGUUUUUGACACAAUGGCAAUGAAGGGCCAAAAUCCUGAUGUUUUCUCCUACAAUAUUAUGCUCAACGGGUACGCUACUAAAGGAUGUUUAGUUGAUAUGACAGAUCUCUUCGAUUUGAUGCUAGGUGACGGUAUUGCACCUGACUUUUAUACUUUUAAUGUGCUGAUCAAGGCAUAUGCAAACUGUGGAAUGCUAGAUAAGGCUAUGAUCAUCUUCAAUGAAAUGAGAGACCAUGGAGUGAAACCUGAUGUGGUAACCUAUAGGACAGUGAUUGCUGCCCUCUGCAGAAUCGGUAAGAUGGAUGAUGCUAUGGAAAAAUUUAAUCAGAUGAUUGAUCAAGGAGUAGCACCUGACAAAUAUGCAUACAAUUGCCUGAUUCAAGGUUUUUGUACUCAUGGUAGUUUACUGAAAGCCAAGGAAUUGAUUUCGGAAAUAAUGAAUAAUGGCAUGCAUCUUGACAUUGUUUUCUUCAGUUCGAUAAUUAACAACCUUUGCAAACUGGGAAGGGUAAUGGACGCACAAAAUAUAUUUGACUUAACUGUAAAUGUUGGUCUGCAUCCUGAUGCUGUGGUGUAUAGUAUGCUGAUGGAUGGGUACUGUCUUGUUGGCAAGAUGGAGAAAGCAUUAAGAGUAUUUGAUGCUAUGGUGUCAGCUGGCAUUGAACCAAACGUUGUAGUGUAUUGUACACUUGUUAAUGGCUAUUGUAAAAUUGGAAGGAUUGAUGAAGGAUUGAGUCUUUUCAGAGAAAUGCUGCAAAGGGGAAUAAAGCCUUCAACUAUUUUAUACAGCAUCAUAAUUGAUGGGUUAUUUCAGGCCGGGAGAACAGUUCCUGCAAAGAUGAAAUUCCAUGAAAUGACAGAAAGUGGUAUCGCUAUGGACAUAUGUACAUACAACAUAGUUCUUCGUGGACUUUUUAAAAAUAGAUGCUUUGAUGAAGCAAUCUUUCUUUUCAAAGAAUUACGUGCAAUGAAUGUAAAGAUCAAUAUCAUAACUCUCAAUACCAUGAUAGAUGGAAUGUUUCAAACCAGGAGAGUUGAAGAAGCUAAGGAUCUGUUUGCUUCUAUCUCGAGAAGUCGGCUGGUGCCUAAUGUUGUGACUUACAGUAUAAUGAUCACAAAUCUUAUAAAAGAAGGAUUGGUGGAAGAGGCAGAAGAUAUGUUUUCAUCCAUGCAGAAUGCUGGCUGUGAGCCCAAUUCUCGAUUGCUGAAUCAUGUAGUCAGGGAAUUACUAAAGAAAAAUGAAAUAGUCAGGGCUGGAGCUUACCUGUCCAAGAUUGACGAGAGGAAUUUCUCACUUGAACAUUUAACUGCAAUGUUGCUGGUCGAUCUCUUCUCAAGCAAAGGAACUUGUAGGGAACAAAUAAGAUUUCUCCCUGCAAAGUAUCAUUUUCUUGCAGAGGCCAGUCCGUGAUUGAUAUGUUGAUUUUUUUUGGAAUCAGUCCUUGCACGCACCUGUCACAGUUAAACUAGUAUAUGAUCUUAACUAAAACCAUUGGUUUACUUCAUGUUCAUGUUUCUCGGAAGAUUUUCUUCUCAUUUGACCUGCUUGAUAUGCAGAUGUUCAUUUACUUUUGAUCCAAUAUAUGCAGAGCGUUUUAUGUUUUUCGAAGCAUAUUCGUUCCGGUGCUGAUGUAGCUAUGUGCUCUCCGUACACAACUGAUGUGUGAUUCUCUCUUGUAGCAUGUUUUAUCAUGUCUGUUAACACAGCCGAUGUUGCAUUUAUGAGGAAUGACGUUAUAACUGCUGGGAGAAUAAUGUAGCAUGCUGAAUCCUGUUUUGGGCCCUGGCUGAGCCGCCCAGUUCGUCAUGACCAGCAAGUGAUUGCAACCAAAGGCAGUCUGGCCUAAUGCUGUGGCUUGUAAGGGCAAAGUGGAUACCCUGCUGCUGGGUAGUACUAGUAUAUUGCUGUUCAAACCUGCAAAUGUAAGUUUUAAACAAACCUGCCAUUUCUAUCUACUGUACUAUGCACGUGCACUUGAAACAUAUAACUUUCAUUCAUGUUCAGUUAGCAUAUAAGUAUAUGCAUUAAUGAUUAAGUUCAUGCACCGGCCGAUUCACAACACUGAAAUACUGAUGCCACAGAUCUGGGAUCAGCUGAUGGAUGAAGAACAAUCAGUAGUCUCUGGGUAAAAUAGCAUGCCUGCGCAAGCGAGCGGACAUGAGUGACAAGAAGCGGUGAGUGCCUGCCUGCCUCCAUUUAAGGGCCUGUUCGUUCUCAUCUUAAUUCAUGUGGAUUGGAUAGGAUUAGGUGGGAUUAAAAUCCAUGGUGGGAUUGGGUGUAAGAAUGACCGGACAAGGCCUAAUGUGUAUCAGCAGAUUGACAACGCAACAAGAGCGAAGCCACAAGAGGUUUCAGGGUAGGGUACCAUCUAAUGUGUAUCAGCAGCAGCAGGUUUUUCUCAGGUGUUAAGAACCACCGACAUGAAAAAGCACCGAGUUUGCUCGUUCAUUCCUUGGCAGCCUUGUCGAUGAGCUCCUGUGGAUGCGGGGGAUGACGCCGCCGCCGCUGGCGGCGAUGGUAGCCUUGAUCAGGGUUUCCAGCUCGUCGUUCCCGUGGAUCGCCAGCUGAAGGUAUCGUACAAAACCGAUUUUUUUCCCACUCCCGCUCAACAUUUAAAACUGUUUUUUUCCCCACUCCGCUCAGCAUAAGCAGAGAAGCAUAUGGUGGCCAUGGCUAUGCUAUUUAGGAACAGAAGGCAAAAACAGAGAGGGAAAUUGAACAAGGAAUAAACAAGAGAUUGUAUAGGAAGCUUGAUACGAAAUGGAAGCAGAGCAUUGUGGUCAGACCAGCACCAUCUCUAAGGGAGAACAAAGAGAAGGCAAGCAGAGCCUGUGCACGUAUUGGUUGGUUCAGUUGUGCGGUUGCUCUUUUUGGCUCUUAUCUUCGUCGCCAUUCUUAUAUUUGUAGGAUUGUGGAAAUGUAAACCGUUCAAGCUGCUGCAUUAGUAGCAGCUAGUAGUAUCUGUGAUUCAGAAAUCUAAAAGUUGUGACUUGUGAGGCAGCCUGCUGCCUUGUUCAUGUAGAAUGAACCUUGUGUAGAUGAGUUGCAAGGUGUGAGUGUUCCAUAUAUUAUUGUAGGAUGAGUUAGAAUCCUGAA